ACACACACACGGAAUAAACAUAUACCCACCAGCUGAACGAACGUGUAAACGCAACCACUUUGACGUUUCUGCAUAUUGUUCAUUGCAUCGAACCGAACCUAUUUUCAAUGAUUAAUAACACACAAAGACGACAUCGAUAAUUCAUUUAUUAUUCCUUUUGUUUCGAUAGAAAGUUUCGUUUUUGAUUAUUUAAGCGUCAAAAUGUAUCAAGAUCAACCGCCAUCGUAUAAUGAAGCAAUUAAUUCACCCAUCACACCAUCUGCACCACCUGUUGGUACGGGAAUCGCACAGAGCUCAACUGCUGUGCCGGACAGUAGUUUUGCACCCAUUUAUCCCAUUCAAUCGUCGCCGAUGCAAAUGCAACCUGAGGUCAUAGUAACAAAACCGAUUCGACCUUUGCCCAACGCUGGAUAUGGAACUAUAAGUCAUUCAACUAUCGCUGUGCCAACCGAGAUAAUUGUAAUCAACGGUUGUCCAGUUUGCCGCAUAGGCGUUUUAGAGGAUGAUUAUACUUGCUUGGGCAUCUGCUGCGCUAUAUUCUUCUUCCCCCUUGGAAUUUUAUGCUGCCUUGCCCUAAAAAAUAAACGAUGCACCAAUUGUGGCGCUCAAUUCUAAUCGUCGUUAUGAUAAUGAACCAAAAAUCUUCAACGAAUUCAUAGAACCGGCAAACAAUUUGGCGGCCAAAUCAUGUUUUACCAUUCGAAAUGCAAUUCGCUUUUCUUGUACAUACAAAAUGGUGAUAUUUUGGGAAUUUUUUCUUUUGACCAAAAAAAAAAACACAAUAUUUCCAUGCUAUAGAGUCCAUUUUUCCAAUCGAAAUAUUUGUUUAGUAUUGAUGUGUAGAAUUGUGCAUGCAAUUGAUAUUACAUACAUAGCGCAUGGUUACACAUUUGCAGUUGAGCUACUGAUUAUAUUACUGUAUAGAUAAUAAGAUUAGAUUUAGGAGAAAGUUGUUGUUCAACAUCGACGAACAGCCGAAUUUGAUUUAUAAAACAUUUCGAAGUGAGCAAAGGCGAAGAAAUUGUAACACUGUUCGUCCGAAUGAAAGAGAAUAACAUGUGUAAUGUUUAUAUAUCCUAACCGAACCGAAUAAAUGAACAAAAAUGACAAGAAAAAAA